AUGGAGAAGUUGAUUGUUUUGGUGGUCGGAGCGUUUGUUCUGUCAGAAUCUCGCGAGAUUUGUGACGGGAAUGUUGGUGUUCGAUGGAUAGGGGAUCCUAAAGACUGUUCUGUGUUCUACAUGUGUGUGGGGACCGUGAUGUCACAGUUCCGCUGUCCUAAGGGUAACGUUGUAGACGUCAGCAGUAAACGAUGUGUUAAGGAGGGAUCCAUCCAAGACAGGUGUACAAAUGCUACACACGAACUGGACACCUGUCAAGGCGGUCAAACUUACCUGUCUGUGGCGACAUCCUGCGCCAAGUACAUAGACUGUCCAGCCUCCCGUAGGACCGGGAUCAUCGUGGAGAAGGAGUGUUCCUACCCCCAGUUAUAUGACGAAGGAAUGGGAAGGUGUAGACAACCAGAUAAGGUCACGUGUGGGGACAGAAUGGAGCCCAAGGAACCGUGUGACUAUGAUGCCAACAAGUGUAAGACAGCUCACUGUAUCCCCUGUCAUCUGCGCAUGCCCAGUUGUGACGGAUAUCCGGAUGGGCCAAACGUGUGGUCCGGAAGAGAAAGGUCGCCAUAUUACGUUGUCUGCAAAAACGAUCGUGUUGUCCUGCAGACAAGAUGUUCCGGAGCAAAACCUCAACUAUUUGAUCCUGUUCUAAAGAAAUGUGUAUAUUUCAGUCCUAUUAUUGUGUAA